CUCCUACCAGUUUUACGUUUUUAUUUUUUCCAACCCUCAUUUAAUAUAUUCGAACCUAUAUAUAAAUAAAUAUAUAAAUAAAUUAUUUAAAACCCAGUGUUGUUUUUAUUUUUUAUUUUUUUUUAACAUAUAUUUAUUUAUAAUUUAUAUUUUCGGAAAUAAAUAAAAAUGAGAUUAUUCAUUACAGUUUUUUUAGCUUUGCUUUCAAUUUCGCAAGUAUUUGCAGAUUCCACAUGUAUUUUUCAACUCCCAGAUAACCGUACACUCGACUUUUCAGCCUUAGAUUUAUCUACUGUUUCCCCAUAUGUAUACAAUGUACCAGAUGUUAAGAAUACAACUAUUACAUUUAAUUUUUGUGGUGAAGCAUCUUAUUGCACAAGUAAAGAUCCAGGAUCAUCAAUUUGUUCAACCAAUUCUACAUCCAAUACAAUUUUAUCAUUUGGUAGUUUUUCAAGAGGUACUGCAAACACUGCACCACUCCCAAGCGAUAUUUCAGGUACUGGUAUUCAAUUGAAAUAUUCAGGUGAUCCAAAAAAAACCUGUGGUCCUUCAGGAACUAGAAAUUCAUAUCUUAAUUUAGUUUGCGCUGAUGUUUCAGCUCCACAAGUAGUUAGUGCUAUUACUCCAUGGGGCCAAAACGGUGUUGUAUGUCAAAUUACUCUUCAAAUUAAUGUACCAUGCCCAGGUUUCUCCUUCCCAAAGAAAAAUGGUUUGGGUGGUGGUUGGAUCUUUAUCAUCAUCUUAUUAUCAGGUUCAGCAGCUUACAUUAUUUUUGGUUCAAUUGUUAAUUGGAAAAUUAGACGUCUACAAGGUUCACAUAUUUUCCCAAAUGUUGAUUUUUGGAAAGGUUUCGGUUCAUUAAUCAAAGAUGGUUGUGGAUUUAUCAAAGGUAAAAUCACCGGUACUCCAGGCGGUGAAUAUUCUCAAAUUUAAAUCUUAUAAUAGAAAACAGAGAUCACCUUUAAUUUAUUCGAAAUCAAUUUAAAUAAUAGUUAAUAAUGAUUAUAAAAAUAAUUUAAAUAGUUAUUAUUAUUUUUUCUGUAAAUUUUUAAUUAAUAAAAAAAAAAAAAAGUAU